GACGUCUCCGCGUCGCGCUCGAUGACGUGUCCGCGGCGGCGGCGGCGGGGCCGGGAUGCACCGGCGGGGGGUGGGGGCGGGGGCGAUCGCCAGGAGGAAACUGACCGAGGCCAAGUACAAGGAGCGCGGCACGGUGCUGGCUGAGGACCAGCUGGCCCAGAUGUCCAGGCAGCUGGAGACGUUCCGCACGCACCUGCAGGCCUUCGCCUCCAAGCACAAGCAGGAGAUUCGCCGCAGCCCCGAGUUCCGCCUGCAGUUCCAGCACAUGUGCGCCGCCAUCGGCGUCGACCCGCUGGCCUCUGGAAAAGGGUUCUGGGCCGAGGUGCUGGGAGUCGGAGACUUCUACUACGAGCUGGGCGUGCAGAUCAUCGAGGUGUGCCUGGCGCUGCGGCACCGCAACGGAGGGCUGAUCACGCUGGAGGAGCUGCAGGCGCAGGUGCUCAAGGGCCGCGGGAAGUUUGCGCAGGACGUCAGCGCGGAUGAUCUGCUCCGCGCCAUCAAGAAGCUGAAGGUCCUGGGCAGCGGCUUCGGGAUCAUCCCCGUGGGGGGAACGUUCCUGGUGCAGUCGGUGCCGGCCGAGCUCAGCAUGGACCACACGGUGGUGCUGCAGCUGGCCGAGAAAAAAGGAUUUGUGACAGUCAGCGAGAUCCGGGACAGCCUCAAGUGGGAGACGGAGAGAGCCAAGCAGGUGCUGGAUCACCUGCUGAGGGAGGGCAUGGCCUGGCUGGACGCGCAGGCCCCGGCCGAGCCGCAGUUCUGGCUGCCCGCGCUCUUCUCGGAGCUGCACGGCCCGGAGAGCGCGGCCGGGCCCUGAGCGCCCGGCAGCCCCGGAGUCCUUGGAAACCCGCCCGGAAUCCCUCCCAGGAUCCUCGGGAAUCACCCUGGAAUCCUCGGGAAUCACCCCGGAAUCCCUCCCAGGAUCCUCGGGAAUCACCCCUGGAAUCCCGCCCGGAAUCCCUCCCAGGAUCCUCGGGAAUCACCCCUGGAAUCCUCGGAAUCCCAGCCAGAAUCCCUCCCAGGAUCCUCGGGAAUCCCUCCUGGAAUCCCUGAGAAUCACCUCUGGAAUCCUGGCUGGAAUCCCCUCCUAGAGUCCUCGGGAAUCCCUCCCAGGAUCCUCAGGAAUCCCCCCUUUGAAUCCCUUCUGGGAUCCUUGGGAAUCUCCUUCCCGGAGUCCUUGGGAAUUCUUCCUGGAGUCCUCCGAAUCCCGGCUGGAAUCCCCCCCAGGAUCCUGAGGAUUCCCCUCUGGAAUCACCCCUGGGAUCCCCUGGAAUCCCCCCUGGAGUCCUCUGGAAUCCCCGGGAAUCCUCAGGAUCCCUCCUAUUCCCUCAAUCCCAGGGACAGCAGGACUGGGAAUAAAAGUUUUGUAAGAA